AUGAUUAAUUUAAGCCGAAGCCCUAAUUACUGGGAAAAAAAUGAAAAAAAAAAAGCACAGAACACACUCACAGAAAAGGUUGAGAAGAGAAGAUCCAUCAAAGAGAAGAAGAGAAGAGAAGAAAACCUUCGAAUCGAUGCUUCGAUCGCUGAAAACCUUCGAAUCGAUGCUUCGAUCGCUGAAAACCUUCGAAUCGAUGCUUCGAUCGCUGAAAACCUUCGAAUCGAUGCUUCGAUCGCUGAAAACCUUCGAAUCGAUGCUUCGAUCGCUGAAAACCUUCGAAUCGAUGCUUCGAUCGCUGAAAACCUUCGAAUCGAUGCUUCGAUCGCUGAAAACCUUCGAAUCGAUGCUUCGAUCGCUGAAAACCUUCGAAUCGAUGCUUCGAUCGCUGAAAACCUUCGAAUCGAUGCUUCGAUCGCUGAAAACCUUCGAAUCGAUGCUUCGAUCGCUGAAAACCUUCGAAUCGAUGCUUCGAUCGCUGAAAACCUUCGAAUCGAUGCUUCGAUCGCUGAAAACCUUCGAAUCGAUGCUUCGAUCGCUGAAAACCUUCGAAUCGAUGCUUCGAUCGCUGAAAACCUUCGAAUCGAUGCUUCGAUCGCUGAAAACCUUCGAAUCGAUGCUUCGAUCGCUGAAAACCUUCGAAUCGAUGCUUCGAUCGCUGAAAACCUUCGAAUCGAUGCUUCGAUCGCUGAAAACCUUCGAAUCGAUGCUUCGAUCGCUGAAAACCUUCGAAUCGAUGCUUCGAUCGCUGAAAACCUUCGAAUCGAUGCUUCGAUCGCUGAAAACCUUCGAAUCGAU